AUGGAAGCAGCAAAAAGAGUACUUAGAUAUCUUAAGGGGACAAGCAAAUUUGGAAUAACUUAUAAUAAUACAGAUGGAAUACCGGCAUUUACUGAUCUGGAUUGGGGAAAUUCAAUAGAAGAUAGACGUUCUAUUUCAGGUUAUCUCAUCAAACUUGGAGGUGGUGCUAUUAGCUGGUGUAUGAAGAAACAACCCACAGUUGCUUUGUCUUCAACCGAAGCAGAGUACUUGGGUAUGAGUGAAAUUGUUAAAGAAAUUGUGUGGCUUCUCCAGGUACUUGAAAAGACUGAUGUUGAAGUGGAAUUGCCUUUGAUUAUCUAUGCUGAUAACCAGUCAGCAAUUGCACUCGGAAAGCAUCCGGUGCAACAUGCUCGUACGAAGCAUAUUGAUAUCAGGCACCACUUCCUCAGGGAAAAGGAGAAUGCUGGGUUAAUAAAAUUUGUGUAUAUUUCUACUCACAAGAUGGAAGCAGAUCUUCUUACCAAGGUGUUGUCUAGUGCUGUUUUCAAACUUCUUAGAGAUAUGACUGGAUUGAAAUAUCAAGAAUUGCAUUAA